GCCAAUUCACGUGAUAUUCAAAAAAAUUAUAAAUCAAAAAGCGAGAUCAGAUCUAUGUACUAAUUGAUUUCUUUUCCUAAACGAUGGCUGUAACAGAUAAUAUACCCGAACAUUGUCCAGGACCAACCACUGAACAGGCAGGAAAAGCUUCGGCCUGUCAAGGUUGUCCAAACCAAAAUGUAUGUGCUACAGCUCCAAAGGGACCAGAUCCGGACUUGUUACUUAUUAAGGAAAGAAUGAGCUCGGUUAAACAUAAAAUUCUCAUAUUAUCAGGUAAAGGUGGAGUAGGUAAAAGUACAUUCACCUCCCAACUUGGGUUUGCUUUUAGCAGUGAUGAAAAUAUUCAGGUUGGAGUUAUGGAUAUUGAUGUGUGUGGUCCCUCAAUUCCGAAGAUUAUGGGAUUAGAAGGAGAGCAAAUUCAUCAAAGUUUAUCUGGAUGGUCACCAGUAUAUGUACAAGAAAAUUUAGGUGUAAUGUCAAUUGGAUUUAUGUUAUCAAAUCCCGAUGAUGCAGUAAUUUGGCGUGGACCGAAAAAAAACGGGAUAAUUAAACAAUUUUUAAAAGAUGUUGAUUGGGGGGAUAUAGAUUAUAUGUUGGUAGACACACCACCUGGUACAUCAGAUGAACAUUUAUCAAUUACUCAAUAUCUUAAAGAGAGUGUAAUUGAUGGAGCUAUUAUAAUUACAACACCGCAGGAGGUUGCUUUACAAGAUGUUAGAAAAGAAAUAGACUUUUGUAGAAAAGUAAAAAUUCCUAUUAUUGGAGUUGUUGAAAAUAUGAGCGGUUUUAUUUGUCCUAAUUGCAAGGGAGAAUCAGUAAUAUUUGCUCCAACAACUGGUGGUGGAAAGAAAAUGGCAGAGGAUGAAAAAGUUCCCUUUUUGGGAUCUAUUCCUUUAGAUCCCAGAAUAGGUAAGGCUUGUGAUACUGGUGUAUCAUUUUUAGAUGAAUAUUCAGAUUCUCCAGCCUGUAAAGCAUUUCAAGAUAUUAUUGCAAAAAUUAAAACACAAAUCAAUUAAUUAAAUUAUAAAUAAGAAAAUAUUUGUAAUAUAACAUGAAUCAAUAUUUUUAUAU